AUGGCUUCCUCUUUCGAGUCCGCCACGCCCCAUUUCUUCAAGGUCAUUCUUCCACAGACCCUCACUCAAUCAAAGCUCGCUAUUCCGCACAAAUUCGUUAGAAAACAUGGGGAGGCCUUGGAAACUGAAGAGGUGCGUCUUAAGGUAGCGAGUGGGGCAGAAUGGAAAGUGGGUUUGACAAAAAACGAUGAAAAAAUAUGGUUUGAAAAAGGAUGGGAAGAGUUUGUGAAGUUUUACAGCGUUGAAAUUGGUCAUUUUUUGACGUUUAGAUACGAAGGAAACUCAUGCUUCCAUGUUGUUAUAUUCGAUAAAACCGCUUCGGAGAUUGAGUAUCCAUUAGGUUGUGGAGGGAAGGUUAAAAAAAGGGAGAGGUUUUCAAUUAGUGAGGAAGCCACAAAGUUCCAAUCUUUAACGAUGAAUCCUUCAUUUAUGGUAACAAUGGGAGCUUCGUAUCUUCAUACAGGGAAGAGCUAUCUGAGUAUUCCACAAUGGUUUGCAAAUGCCCACAUGGAGAGUCCGAAGGAGAUGAGUGUUGAAGUGUCGGAUGGAAGGGUUUGGAAGAUCUUGUGCGGUGAAAGGUGGCCUCAUGGUGUGAAGAGGGUGGAAAUGAGAGGGGGUUGGAGGGAUUUUGCGAGAGAUAAUGGGUUGAAAAAGGGUGAUAUUUGUGUGUUUGAGUUGAUGGAAACCAGUGAGCUAUCGUUUAAAGCUACCAUUUUUAGAUCGGGGUGUCGAGGUUGA